AUGGGCCGCAAGCCCAAUCCCCUCAUUCUCGAGUACUUCGUCCGGGGACCUAAGCUCAACGACAACAGUAACCGAUAUCCGCAUACGUGCAAGCAAUGCGGUGAGAACUUUCCAAAGGGAAGGAUCGAUAGUUUGACAACGCACAUCACCAAGAAAUGUCCUGCCAUCUCCGAGUCAGAUCGUAUGCGAGCAUGCCUCGAACUUCAUGGUAUCACCAAUGCACGAGCACCUGUCGAUCGACCACCCCCUGAAGCGCAGCCGAACGGACAGCCAGCCGAUGUCCCAAACCUCCCCCAAGGGUGGAGCGCCCUCGAGACACUCGCCGAAGCCUCACGACAGGUUGAUUUGAACGAGAACAAUCGUGCUCAGAGUGUACAGGCAGGCGUGGUUGACCCCGCUGACCCCGCCAACGCCCAGCAUGUUCCAGAUCGCUUCGAGCUUCACGAACAAUUCACUCUAGACAACCCUCCCGUGAGCUACGAGAACCGGUCGCAGCAGGGCAACAGAGGUAAUGGCCCCUUGGAGCCUGACUUACAAGGCGCCCUUCUCACAACAAAUGUGUUAGGUGCAAUUCAGCAACCCCUCCCAGGAACCGAGUUAUCACCCGAGGAACGACUUCAAGCAUUGCUUCCUAAUAGCGUUGCUUCCCCAGACGUCUCGAACAUAUCGGUCGCCGUUGCUGCUACAGCCAGGCUAAACCCGUCGCUUCUAGACCCCCAGCUCGUUCACGAGACUGGUACCUCGACUACACCGCCGUCUAUGGACAUUCCGACCCCGAUAGAAGCCUCUCCCAGUGCCGUAACAGCUCCCGACAGUGGAAUUUCGCAACCAUGGGGCGAAAUGACAUACUUGGCGACUGCCUCGCCUGUUCCUUUACUUCACGAGCAUCCACCGACACCUAUCCAGAUGAGCAGGGGUGGUGUUCGGAUGGACACAAGCGAUGGUCAACUUAAUGGGAGACCUCGACACGCGCGAUCUCGCUUUACUGCUGCGCGGCGAAAGGAGGUGCAGGAAGUUCGCAAAAUAGGUGCAUGCAUUAGGUGCAGAAUCCUUCGAAAGAAUUGCGGCAAAGGAACACCAUGUGACACGUGCAGGAAGGUUCUCGCACCGAGGGUGUGGAGGACUGGUUGUGUGCGAACGAGGCUCCAGGAGCAGCUUGAUUUGUACUCGGCGGGUGUCCAGGUUGUCCUGUCCCAAAAUCGCAUCAACCUCUUGAAGAACCAGCUGAAUAUGACCCAUGAUGGUACCAUGAUAGAGGUUUCGCACUUUCCUGAAACUGGCAAGGUCAUACUCCUCGAAGCUUUGGUUGCACUGCUAGAGCCUAGCGAGUCGCUAGCAGAAUCCAGAGGCAGCAAGGAUUCAUUCUUCCAGGUUAUUAUGAUCGACCAGGACAAGGAAGAUGUUCCUGGCAAGGUUGAGGCCUAUAUGCGUGAUGUCUUUCAGCUUUUUAUCGACCGAGAGCCCUCCAAGUUCAUGCGUGUCACUCUGAGUCUUGCUCUUCAGCAAUUGCAAGAGUCAGAGGAUGAUCUACUUCGAAAGUCCUUAGAGCUAUGGGGUUUGGUGGAGAGUAUCGAUCGCGAGAGGCAGUGGAACGUUAUUGAAAGACCAGCCGAUAAGAAUGAAGAGCCCAGGCGCAUCCAAGAAGCCAAAAGCGAGAACGAUGCUGACAUCUAUACGACGCUUUGCAUGCAGCUGAACGCGGCAGCUGAGAGAAAGGCCAACAACACUUCAAAGGCACUGCUCAGCGGAAUGCAUCGCGUACUCCAGGACAGCAAGGUCAAGGUGAACUUCAAGAUGUAUCUAACGGCUGUCAUCUUCCUCAACUGUCUUGAGAAAUCUACUUGGGCCUUCAAAGCUUGGGAGCAAGAUCAUCUCCGCCCUGGGUGGCCCCUAGAACGAGACCCGGGUGUCUUCACACAGCAGGGAGGUAAUCUAGCAGGGCUGCUGAAGAUGCUUUUGGCAAUCCGCAAAGCCCUGCCACAAACACUCCGCAGUGACACAGGCAAGUUGAUCACCUCGGAACAAGAUCCUGUUAUAGGAACUUACUUCCAAAGCAUCGAUUUGGACUACGAUACGAUCCUUGCCCGCCAAGAUGGCUCCCCCUUCUCCCCAGCAGACUCUCGAUCCCUCGAGAUGAUUCUCUGCUCUCACCUUCUCAUUACGAACACUCCCUGA